CGUUAGGCAGGCCUGAAAUAAAUAAUAAAAAAAUGUUACUGAAUGAACCACCCAUCUCUUGUGGGUAGUGGCGUUCAGCUCGUCUUUUUUAUACCCUGGAACAGCACUCUUAUCUCGUGAUUCAUGAUGCUGCGCAAGUGAUGUUAUUUUUUUAAAUAUAUUCGCGCAAGUAUGAGUAGGCCUGCUUUAUCUCAUGUAAAUUCUCAAAACAGGUAAUGUGAUGUGACCACUACAGAUUGUAUUUGUGUUUUGUUUUACGACUCACAGCUCUCUGCUCUCAGCACAGCGAACAAUGAAUACUACAGGAAAAACAGCACUGUAAGCAGCCCUAAGGCAACAGAAGACCAGGUCUGGCCGCCCAGGGAGCGUGCAGGGUUCUGGGUGUAGGGUGCCCUGGCCACUGGGCCUAUGGAGCAGAUCCACUGGGUGAGACGCCGCUGGCAGCAGCUGGUUGCCGCAGAUUCAGGUCGAGGCCAGUACUCGGCCCCUGCCGCCCUACCCACCAAGAGUUCCCCAGUGCUCCACAACACACAGCUGCUCACUGGCAAACGGAGGACGGUCAUCGCCCGGCACGGACACCACCAGCAUGAGUACCACAGCAUCUCCAAGGGAUGCCAAGGCAACAGCAUCCGUACCACCAAGUACAGCCUUCUGAGCUUCAUUCCCAUGAACCUGUUCCAGCAAUUCCACAGGGUGGCCAACCUGUACUUCCUGUUCCUGGUGAUGCUGAACUGGAUCCCAGUGGUGGAGGCGUUUCAGAAGGAGAUCACCAUGAUUCCCCUGGUAGUGGUGCUCAUCGUCAUCGCCAUCAAGGAUGCCCUGGAGGACUACCGCCGCUACCGCUUUGACCAGAAGGUCAACAACAACAUCGUUACAGUGUACAGCGGGAAACGGCAGACGUAUGUGGACCAGCGUUGGCAGGAUGUCCAUGUGGGGGACUUUGUCCGUCUGUCCUGUAAUGAGAUCAUCCCUGCAGACAUGCUGCUGCUGUACUCCUCUGACCCCCACGGCGUCUGCUACAUCGAGACGGCCAACCUGGACGGGGAGACCAACCUCAAACAGAGACAAGUGGUCAGAGAUCUGCCACGACAGGGUUCUGAGUUGACUCCAGAGAACUUCCACAGCCGCAUAGAAUGUGAGAACCCCAACAACGACCUCAGCCGGUUCCGAGGUUUCAUGGAGUACCCCAGUAAGGCUCGUGUGGGCUUACACAACAACAACCUCCUUCUGCGAAGCUGCACCAUCCGCAACACGGAGACCGUCAUAGGCAUUGUGGUCUAUGCAGGUCACGAGACCAAAGCCAUGAAGAACAACAAUGGACCGAGGUAUAAACGCAGUAAAUUGGAGCGCAGGCUGAACGUGGACGUGCUGUGGAGCGUUGUCCUGCUGGUCAUCAUGUGUCUGACUGCAGCUAUAGGCCAUGGUCUCUGGCUCAGGAACCUGAAGGAUGCUUCCUUUCUGAUCCCUGACACCACGUCUCCUGCCCUGUCUGGCUUCUACCUGUUCUGGACCAUGAUCAUAGUUUUACAGGUGCUCAUCCCCAUCUCCCUGUAUGUUUCCAUCGAGAUCGUCAAACUGUGUCAAAUCUUCUUCAUCCAGAACGACGUGGACUUCUAUAAUGAGUAUAUGGACUCCAGGAUCCAGUGUCGGGCCCUGAACAUCACAGAGGACCUGGGUCAGAUUCAGUAUGUGUUCUCAGACAAGACUGGCACGCUGACAGAGAACAAGAUGGUGUUCCGGCGCUGCACCAUUGCUGGGGUGGAGUACCCCCACGAGGAAAAUUCGAGGAGGCUUGAAGUGUACGAGGAGGAUGAGGCGAUGGGUUGCUCCCACACGCUCAAGUCACGUGCCAGCGCCAAGUCCCUGAGCUGCAAGUCACUCAGCUGCAACCGCAGCUCUGUGUCCCUGCACACACUGACAGGCCACUCUGAGGGGGAGGAGUCACCCAGCCCCACCUUGCCCCGACACAGCGCCUUCAGUAGCCCCAUGGAGAAGGAUAUAGUCCCAGACCCUUUCCUGGUUCAGAAGCUGAACUGUCUGUCCUCUCCACUCUUCCUUCUGAGGGACGCCAGUAUGGAGCUCACCUACAUCGUUGACUUCUUCAUGGCUCUGGCCAUCUGCAACACGGUAGUGGUGUCUUCUCCCAACCAGCCCCGCCAUGUGGUCCAGGUGCCAGAGGUCUCCCGUACCCCCCUUAAAUCCCUGGAGGACAUCAAGAUGCUGUUCCAGCGUUUUGGCCUCCCCCGCUUCUCCACACUCUCUCCUCCCCACACUACAGAGAGCCCUGGCAGCUUCACACGCAGGCUCUUUUCCAGGGGCAAAGCAGCCUCCUUCACACCCAGCCCCUCCCCUACCCCCACCAAGCUGGGUACAGAGCCAGACGGGGAGCAUAACCUUGAGGCCUCCAUCCUAAGUAUCAAACCAGGGCUGGAUGGGGUCCCUGGAGAGGAUGGGGACCAAGGGUAUGAGGAGGAGGGAGAGCAUGGCUCUUGGAAAGGCGAAGAGGACAAGAUGUUACACCUCAACCCGGGGGCCUGGAGCAGACUGGAGAACUCAAACGGAGCCGAAGGCCCUCCCAGUGAACCUGGGGCAGAUGAACUGAUCUAUGAGGCGGAGAGCCCUGACGAGGCGGCUCUGGUCCACGCGGCCAGGGCCUACCGCUGCACCCUGCAGGGACGCUCACUCGAGCGCCUUCUGGUGGAGCUGCCAGGGAUGGGCAGCCUGGCUGUGCGCCUGCUCCACAUCCUGCCCUUCGACUCCACCCGCAAGAGGAUGUCUGUGGUGGUCCGCCACCCACUCACCAAGCAGGUGGUGGUCUACACCAAGGGAGCCGACUCGGUCAUCAUGGACCUGGCAGAGUCACCUAAAGGUGCUGAGCAGUCAGACGGGAGACAGGGUCACAUCAGAGAACAAACCCAGAAACACCUAGACAACUACGCCAGGGAAGGCCUUCGCACCCUCUGCAUCGCUAAGAAGGUGUUGGAGGAGGAGGAGUAUGACAUUUGGUUGAAGCGUCAUGCAUUUGCAGAGACCAGUAUAGAGAACAGAGAGGAGCUUCUACUGGAGUCUGCACAGAGACUGGAAACCAACCUCACCCUACUGGGGGCAACAGGGAUUGUGGAUAGACUGCAGGAAGAGGUGCCAGAGACCAUUGAGGCACUACAGAGAGCAGGGGUCAAAGUAUGGGUCCUCACAGGGGACAAACAAGAGACUGCCAUAAAUAUUGCCUGUGCCUGCAAACUGCUCAGGACCACAGACCAACUGCUGACUGCUAACUGUGGUAGCAAGGAGGCCUGCAAGGCCUUGUUGCUGGAGCUGCGGGCGGAGGUGGAGCGUGGCGAGGCAGCUGAGGGCACGUCAGGCUUCACCCUGGUGGUGGACGGGCGCACGCUGGACUUCGCCCUGCAGGAGGACCUGAAAGGGGACUUCCUGGAGCUGAGCCGGCGCUGCAGGGCCGUGGUCUGCUGCCGCUCCACCCCACUUCAGAAGAGCCAUGUGGUACAACUGGUACGGGACCAGCUCCGAGUUAUGACCCUCGCCAUAGGUGAUGGAGCCAAUGAUGUCAGUAUGAUCCAGGUGGCAGAUGUUGGCAUUGGGAUAUCUGGCCAGGAGGGCAUGCAGGCUGUGAUGUCCAGUGACUUUGCCAUCUCCAGGUUUAAACACCUUCGCAAGCUGCUGUUGGUCCAUGGCCACUGGUGCUACACACGCCUGGCCAACAUGAUUCUCUACUUCUUCUACAAGAAUGUGAUGUAUGUGAAUCUGCUGUUCUGGUACCAGUUCUUCUGUGGUUUCUCGGGGAGCGCCAUGACCAACUCCUGGGUGCUCAUCUUCUUCAACCUCCUCUUCACCUCCGCCCCUCCCCUUCUCUACGGGAUCCUGGACAAAGACGUGUCUGCAGACACCCUCAUUAAGUUACCGGAGCUCUACAAAUCCGGACAGAAUUCCAAGGCCUACCUCCCUUCUACCUUUUGGCUGACGAUGCUGGACGCUCUUUACCAAAGCCUUGUCUGUUUCUUCAUUCCUUACUUUGCAUAUGCAGGGUCAGAUGCAGACAUGCUCUCCUUUGGGUCUCCCAUCAACGCCUCGGCCCUCCUCAUCAUCCUACUACACCAGGUCAUCGAGAGCCGCACACUGACAUGGCUACAUGUGUUAGUGCUGGUGGGUAGUGCUCUCUUCUACUUCUCUUUCACCCUGGUCUUCAGUGUGGUGUGUGUGACGUGUAGUCCCCCCACCAAUCCCCUUGGUGUGGACAAGCUACAGAUGUCCCAACCACUCUUCUAUGGAGUGUGUGCCCUCACCACCGUGGUGGCACUGCUACCAAGAUUCCUGUUCCAUGCAUUGCGCAACAGCAUCUCCCCCUCUGACACACUGAAGGCUGCUCUGAUGGACCAGCUCAACCCAGACAACUACUGUAGGAGGAUCCAGCACUGGAACCAGACCCAGGCCCAGAGUAAAGCCAGGGGUCUCGUCAUCAACGUGGAAGACUUGGACAUCAAGAUCCCUGACUUUAUACUCCCUAAAGAGCUGAAGGAAUGCAGAGCUGCCACUGGCUCUGUGCUCUCCUGACCUCAGAGGCUACAGGAGGUGGCAACCAUAGUAAUAGAAAGAAAAGAAUAGUCCCAUUCAAGUCAUUGAUGGCAUAAUUGGUGGACAUGUGGCCAUUGUGAGUGUACGCAUAGGAGCAAAGAAGGAAGUAAAAGCAGGAAGUAAAAGCUGGAAGUGUACCCAUCAAUCUGUGCUGUGAUUUGUUGAAUUAACUCAACUGACAUUAUAAAAAAUACAUCCCAUUUCAUGAGCCACAUCAGUUAGCAUCAUUUGAAUGAACAUUAUACAUUAACAUGGAAAUUAUUUAAUCACAAUACCAGGCAGCCAUUGCUAGAGUACCCAUGAGUUUACCAGUCAAAUUGCAAGGGUUAGAGGUUCCAAGCCUGUGCUAUUCAUUAUUUACAUGGUGGCUACAGGGUUCAACCCUAACACCCUUCAAAGCUAGCUGCCUUGCAUGCGUUGCUCACUGGUGAUGGUUAAGAUCACCAUGCUGUCUAUCCAGGGAAAAGAGAUGGAUGUUUCUCACAUGUGCCUAGAGUUGCAUUAACAUGGAGUCAUGGUCCCUUGAUUAAAGAUUAGUGAUGUGGACACAGAUAUUAAUAAAUGUGUGUCUGCUGUACGGUAGGACUUUGACACAAUCCAGUGUCCAUGGUGAAGAGGCCCCUUCACAGUGCACCUUACCCGAACACUGCGAGGUGUGGUCCACUCUGGCCCUCUUCAGUGUGCACUGAGCAUGUAGAGAACAGAAUGCUAUUAGUUAUCAUUAUUAGUUAUUGAGCUGCGUACACUUAUUUUUAAAGUUAGCAUCAAGCUAUGACUCCUUUUGUGUUUAGGCACAACUCUUCGACGUUGGCGUUUCUUAAACAAACACUCCAAAAUAACAUUGUAAAUUAUGCAUAUGAACCUUGGACACAGAGGUCCCAUUGAAGGGCUAGACCAAAUCAAAAUGCUGUAAAGUGGCCUUUUCUUUCUGAAUCGCACUUGAAUUCAUUUUGACUGGAGUUGAAAUGGAUUUGGCAUGGACCUGACCUUUCUCACCACUGUUUUCCUCUGACCUGUAGUUGAGUAAAGCAGUCCACUAAAACAUGGGAUAUAUUUAUUUAACAUGUAUUUCCUUGUUGAGAUACAAUCUCUUUUUGAGAAAGUCCUGACCAAAGUGACAGCACACGUUUAGUUACAAGACAAGAACCAAAAUGCUAUGUACUGUGGGUACCUUUGCCACUGUUCCACCCCUUGUGUAUUGCGCUGUCAUGGUGUAUUUGUAAACAGUAAUUAAAAAACGCUAAAUUGUAAUAUUGAUAUUGAAUAAAGAGAAACGCAAUCAGCAAGAAGCAAAACACACUGACACAAUGAAAAUGAAAUGUGGGAAUUGAUUGAGGGCCUGGGGUUUCUAAAGCAAGACAACCAAAAGUGCAACUUAGUAGGCCUAAGUGUAGGAGGAGGAUUCAGGUAUGGCCCUCUAUAUGUGAAGUAGGCAGUGGUGUAAAGUACUUCAGUAAAAAUACUUUAAAGUACUACUUAAGUUGUUUUUUGGGGAUAUCUUUACUAUUUAUAUUUUUGACAA